UGAACUAAGUGCCAAAUCAAAAGCAUUGCAACUGCAAAUAGUAGAAGAUGGAAAGUUGGAUAGACCUUUGUCCGCAAAGGUGACUGUACCUCUAGACUUGUUCAGGAAACAACCUUCUGGCCAGCAAAGCUUUGCACUGAACAGCAGGGCCAGUGAGAGCAGCCCAGAGCCAAGGUCUGGGCUGGGAUCCAUUAGUGCAGAGUUCUCUUUUAUAGAACCCAGUGAGUUAAAGACGUGGCAAGUCUCUUCUCCAGUGCCAGCCACUAAGGUAGAAAAGGAUCGCACUGUGAUGCCCUGUGGGACUGUGGUCACUACUGUAACUGCUGUGAAAACCAAACCUCGUCUAGAAGGGAGAUCAUCUCCCCUGAGCACAGAUUCUCCUGUGAAAACUCCAGUUAAAGUAAAGGUGAUUGAAAAGGAUUUCUCUGUUCAAGCUAUCCAUUCACAUGGUGCUCCCGUCAGCAAAACCUUAUCGUCUUCAGAUACAGAACUGCUGGUUCUGAACGGCACCGAUCCUGUGGCAGAAGCAGCCAUUCGGCAGUUAAGCGAAUCUGCAAAGCAAAAGCUGAAGUCUCCUAGAAAGAAAAGCACCAUUAUCAUAUCAGGGGUGUCCAAGACCUCUUUAUCUCAGGACAGUGAAGCUGCACUGAUGAUGGACUAUGCUGCAGCCAUGGAGAGCUCCUGCAAAGAGACAGAUCCACACACUGUGGAGGAAGCUGUUGCAAAAGUCACCUCUGAUGAAAAGCUGUCAUUAGGUACUUCAGAAACAGUACCUGAUAUUGACCCACAGCAAAGUGCCCAAAAACCUUGGGGUUUGGAGAACGGCAGCCAACAGUGGGACACCAACACACUCCUAGACCAGACCUGUGAAGAAAUAUCUGUGAGCUCAUUAAGUGUUUCAGAAACUGGGAGCAUGAAAAAAUCUAAAGGUGGAAUUUUGAAAAAAAGUGCAAAGCUCUUUUUCCGCCGGCGACAUCAUCAGAAGGAUCCAGGGAUGAGUCAGUCACACAAUGAUCUUGUCUACCUGCAGCAGCCACUGUCAGAGGAAGCGCGCAAGAAGGGAGGCACGCUUUCACGUAUUCUGAACAGAAAGCUCCUUUCCAAAAACAAAAGCAAGAGCAAACUGAAUGGUGCUUCGGCAGAACCAUACGCGUAA